UAUAUAUCAUCUUAUCUCAAUCUUUUCUAAGACUCAUUCAUCAUAAACAUGGAACCAUCCCAACAAACACCAACAAAAAACAAAUGCAAGAAUCAGCAUCCAAAGAGGUUCACCAAUGAGCAAAUCAAAGCCCUGGAGUCCAUUUUCGAGCAAGAAACGAAGCUCGAGCCAACGAAGAAGAUGCAGAUUGCAAGAGACCUCUCCCUGCACCCUCGGCAGGUAGCCAUCUGGUUCCAAAACAAACGAGCUCGUUGGAAAUCCAAGCGACUUGAGCAAGAGUUCACGAAGCUCAAAUCCAGCUACGACUCUCUCUCCAUCAUGUUUGACGACUUGAAGAAGGAGAAACACACUCUCAAAAUCAAGUUGCACGAGCUGAAUGAUCGGUUGAAGAAAAAUCGCGAAGGUGUUAACGAUGAUGAUGACAAAAUUAUUACAAGUUGCUUCGGAGAAAAUGAGGAUCAAGAAUUUAUCACAUGGCGCAAUCUAUCCGGUUCAGCCAUCAUAUUCGAUGAGUUGUCCGAGAAUCCCAAUUGGUGGGAGAGUUAAAUAUGUAUACGUAUAUAUAUAGGGUAUAUAUAUAGGGACGUGAUCAAAUAAUAUAUUAUGCAAUUUGUGUUUGGAUUAAGAUUAGAGAUGAGUAUUUUUUUUCAAGCUUUUGUGUUGAUGGAUUCCAUGCAAUGGAAAGUGCAGUGCUUGAAGCUUGAAUUCAAGAGAAGAUGAAACGUCCAAUUUCGAAAUCCUAAUUAAGACUGAUGUUUAGUUCUGCAUUAAGAUUUAGUUCUUAUUCGAAUACACUUAUAGUGUAACAUAGUAUGAUUUUAUGAUUAUUAGUUACAUUUCAUUAUAUGUAUUCAACUGAUCAGCUACACAAGUUUGUAACAUGUAUUAUACUAUGAUCCAUUUUCAAGCUUUUGAUGAUCA